UCAAAUCGUAUGAUCGUUUUUCCAAAAAGAAUAUGCGCAUGAGCCAUGACCUGGAAGGAAUAGAAGUUUCGCCUGUUAUAUGGGGUGAACUUUAUGACUUGGUCAUUCGAUUUUUGAAAUUAUUGAUGGCACCAUCAGAUUACCAAGCGAACUAUGUUUUCGAUUUUCGGCCAAAAAAUUAUUUGGAAUUCGACCCAUGUAUGGCCUGCAUAAGAGCGCUGAUUGGAUUCUGAUCAGCUGCUGAGUUUAAGGCUACUUUUACACUGAGGAGUUUUUGAAGCGUUUUUGUGUUUAAAAAAAAAAAAAAAAA